AUGGCCAUGCGGGUGGGAGAGGAAGGGGUUGGGGGUCCCCCAAGCUUCCAGGCAGAAGCUCCCCAGACACCAAGACCACCUUGGUCCUUGGCCCGCUGGUCCAUGCCCUCCCUGGCUGCCCGAGUCAUCUUUCUGAGCACCCACGCCCACCCAUUCCUGCGGGACAUUGCCUCCUCUCAGUCGCUGCCUCUGCUUGUCAAGGUGGACCCCGCCCUCCAAGGUCUAUUCAGCAGCUGGAAAAAUCCCUCGGACACGAGCAGAAGAUACGAAAACAAGGCUGGCAGCUUCAUCACUGGAAUUGAUGUCACCUCCAAGGAAGCAAUUGAAAAGAAAGAGCAGCGAGCCAAGCGCUUCCAUUUUCGAUCGGAAGUAAAUCUUGCCCAAAGAAAUGUAGCCUUGGACCGAGACAUGAUGAAGAAAGCAAUUCCCAAAGUGAGACUGGAGACAAUCUAUAUUUGCGGAGUAGAUGAGAUGAGCACCCAAGAUGUCUUUUCCUAUUUUAAAGAAUAUCCUCCAGCUCACAUCGAAUGGUUGGAUGAUACCUCCUGUAAUGUAGUUUGGCUGGAUGAAAUGACAGCCACACGAGCACUUAUCAAUAUGAGCUCCCUGCCUGCCCAGGAUAAGAUAAGAAGCAGGGAUGCCAGUGAGGACAAGUCAGCCGAGAAAAGGAAAAAAGAUAAGCAGGAGGACAGUUCAGAGGAUGAUGAAGCUGAAGAAGGAGAGGUUGAAGAUGAGAAUUCCAGUGAUGUGGAGUUGGACACGUUGUCUCAGGUAGAAGAGGAGUCUUUGUUAAGAAACGAUCUUCGUCCAGCUAACAAACUUGCUAAAGGAAACAGGUUAUUCAUGAGAUUUGCUACAAAAGAUGACAAAAAGGAGCUUGGAGCAGCCAGAAGAAGUCAGUAUUACAUGAAAUAUGGGAAUCCAAAUUACGGAGGCAUGAAAGGAAUUCUUAGCAAUUCAUGGAAGCGAAGAUAUCAUUCCCGUCGUAUUCAGCGGGACGUGAUCAAGAAGAGAGCCCUGAUUGGGGAUGACGUUGGCUUGACGUCGUAUAAACAUCGGCAUUCUGGGCUAGUGAAUGUUCCCGAGGAACCCAUUGAAGAGGAGGAAGAGGAGGAGGAGGAAGAGGAAGAGGAGGAAGAAGACCAGGACAUGGAUGCAGAUGACAGAGUGGUGGUAGAAUACCACGAGGAGCUCCCGGCUCUCAAGCCGCCCCGGGAGCGGAGUGCGUCUAGACGAUCCAGUGCCAGCAGCUCAGACUCAGAUGAAAUGGACUAUGAUCUAGAACUCAAAAUGAUUUCCACCCCUUCACCAAAGAAAAGCAUGAAAAUGACUAUGUAUGCUGAUGAAGUGGAGUCUCAGUUGAAAAGUAUUAGGAACUCCAUGAGGGCAGAUAGUGUAUCUUCAAGCAAUAUCAAAAACCGAAUUGGUAACAAAUUACCACCUGAGAAAUUUGCAGAUGUCCGACAUCUAUUAGAUGAGAAGCGUCAGCACUCCCGUCCACGGCCACCAGUCAGCAGUACUAAAUCAGAUAUACGCCAGCGAUUAGGAAAAAGACCAUAUUCUCCGGAAAAGGCUUUUAGUAGUAACCCAGUCGUUCGGAGAGAGCCCUCUUCUGAUGUGCAUAGUAGGCUCGGUGUUCCCAGGCAAGAUAUUAAAGGCCUCUACGCCGAUACUCGGGAGAAGAAAUCAGGUAAUUUAUGGACUCGCCUAGGAUCUGCACCCAAGACCAAAGAAAAGAAUACGAAGAAAGUGGAUCACAGGGCACCUGGCGCUGAGGAAGACGACUCCGAGCUGCAGAGGGCGUGGGGGGCUCUGAUUAAGGAGAAAGAGCAGUCUCGCCAAAAGAAGAGCCGCUGUUACCAGCACCCUUUUCCCAAGAAAAGUCAAUUCCCAGGUGCUUAUUGGACAUCCUUCGAGGGGGAAGAGGAGGGAAGCGGCCAGCUCACCCUUCCGGGACCCUAGUGUGGGGGCGAAUCUCACCGACCUGACCUCAGAGGUGCACCAGUGCCGCCCAGGUAGAUAAGAGCUGCAGCAUUGACUGUGCUUCCGUUCUUCCCUCGGGGAUUGCUCAUGUCAUGGGCCUCUUACUUGCUGUCAGCUUGAUGUGAAGAUCAAGUUCAGUGCUGUGGGAUUUUUAGGAACAAAAAACUGUGACGUCUGGAUUUGGGGUUGAUUUUUGUGCUGGGGGUGGGAUUAUGGGUUAAUGUUAAAGAAUUUUUAAGUCUGUAUUAUGUUUAAAACACAAAUGAUUUGAAAGUUUAAAUUUUUAGUUUUUAUAUGUGGAAAUUCUUCCUGUUGGCUAAAGGGGAAGCUCGAGUGGUGUCUUCUUUUGUGCUGUUAAAUAUAUAUUCUAUUCUUUGGAA